AAGAGAGAGAGGGGAAGAAAGUCCAGUACCAGAGUAAAAUUUAAAAUUUUUAUCUUAUCAAUUUUCCAACGGAAAUAUUUCACACCCUAUCUUAUAUUGGACUGUACGGCUAAUACAUGUUCUCGAUUUUCGUAAAAUGAACUUAUCUGCCUUUGCAUAAAUGUCUAUUUCUCUGUUGCAUAUUAACAAAUUAACAAGGGUGUGGGCGGAGGGUGCAGGGCGCAGGGCAAAAGGACCUGUUGUCUGCAUGUCUACCUGUUGAAUUAAAGUCAUUGCACCUAAUGCACCUGUCUUGAUGUGAUUUUUUUCGAUAUAAUGACUACUUCCUGGAGGAAGGUUGAAGAUAAAAACGGCUUCGCGUAUUAUUUCAAUGAAGCCUCCAAUUGUAAACAGUGGGACCACCCCAAAUUCGUUGAAAUCAGGCAAAGACUGGAUGAUUGUAACUAUGUUAAAUACUCCAUGUACAGGGUGGCUUUGAAAUUCAGAGUUUUACAAAAUGCCUUACACAUGGAAGAACUACCUUUAACAACAAUAGCCGGGGUCUUUGAAAAGCACAGACUAGGUGCCAAUGAAAGCUCUUUGUGUUUGGAAAGCUGUGACUUGGAGGCCGUACUGUCCGACAUCUAUUUUGCCUCAAACAAAAUUAAUCACACCAAUAUCGACAUUGACUUUGCAACAGAGCUGAUGCUGAACUUUUUGUAUAAUAUAUUUGACGAGCAUCGAGGAGGGACCAUUCAAGUAUCAUCUACGAAAGUAGCCUUAUCCAUUUUGAGUAGUUGUUCAAUGAAGGAGUUGUACAGCUUCAUCUUCGGUUUGUGUGCUGAUCAUAAUAACUGCGUGACAAGGUUGCGUUUGCAAGCGUUUUUAUCGAAAAUAGUUGAAAUUACCACAUUCCUACAUGAAGACGGUAGUUAUGGAUCUCACUUGGUCAACAGUGCAAUGGAAAACUGCUUCAAGAAUUCCCCAGGUUUGGUUGGAAUCAAUGAAAGUAUGUUUGUGAAGUGGUUAGAAAGCAGCCCUAAAAUAUUGUCGUGGAUUCCUCUUCUACAUAGAAUUAAAAUUGCUGAACCAGUUUUACAUUCAGUAAAGUGUACAACAUGCAAAACGAACCCCCUGAUGGGCCUGCGCUACAAAUGCAUAAAGUGUCUCAGGUACACCCAGUGUCAAAGAUGUUUCUUCACGGGAAGAACAAGCCAUUCGCACAAACUGUCCCACUCUAUGAGAGAGUACUGUUCAAGCAGUUCGGACCACAGCUACACGGUGAUGAAGAAAUUUUGCCGCCUUCUGAACUGCUCCAAGCAAACUACUUCCAUCAUAGUGGAUCCCAAGCCUUUGUGCGAUCAAAACCGAUUGGUAACAUCUGAUUCAAAGGAAGUAUUGUGCAAUGUAGAGCCUUUGUCAACCCCUCAAACGCAAUUGCAGUUGAUAAUAAAACAGUUGGAAAUGCAGAACAAAGAAUUACACCAAAUUCUCUUGCUGGGGAACAGAAACGAUAAGGAAAUGCGGAGAUAUUUGGAGGAACACAGAAUACACGUCGCUGCACAGAUUCAGAAGCUGAAAAGCCUGAAGGACUAUUUUGCCAAACCAGGCCCUACUUCGAUAAAUCCGAGAAAUUCCCCCAGAAAAAAAGCCCUGGAAUCUACCCCCAUGCUACAAAGUACUUACAGGAUGGAUAGAAUUGGGAGAGAAGGCUUAGAGUUGUUCAGCCCAAUCGUUUCGAUACCGGAAUCUCCUCGAAAAGUGAAAAAUACCGACAAUUUUGACGAGAAAGUCUCAAAUUCGAGUGAAAAUACUGCUCGUAAUGACACUAGCGUCGACUAUUGUAUAGAUGACAUGAGUACUUGGAUUGGAGGUAAGCACAAAAUGUGUUCGUUGCAUAUUAGUUUCUUAUUUUAUUGUAUUAGUAGGUAGGUAAGUAAGUACUUUAUUUAACCACUUUAUAUACAGUUGCAUAUUUGUAGCAAGUCACAAAAGUUUGUUCAUUUGAUAAAAGCAUUAAGUAGAUAUGAAACUAGACAUAUACCACAAUAGAAUAUAAACAGAAUAUACAUAUAAAAGUAAAUAAUUUAAAGAUAAUGUCUCAGUGAGCAUAAAUCAAAUUAUUCCACCUUGUUUCACCU